AUGGAAUAUCACGUGACGCCCGGACAACACAGCGUUGAACUGAUCGGAAAUACAGCUAAGGACAAAGCAACAGACCGUCAGCAGUACCAAGUUAAACUGUUAGAAAACAUUCUGAAAUCUAAACUCCGACAUUGUGCAAAACGUUCCAAUGAAACAAGUAGUGAAAUAAAGCAAAAUCAGAGUUUAAAAGAGGACUUAGUUUCCGCAAUCCAAGCUCGCGAAAAUGAACUUGAACAGGAAUUGAAGAAAGCAAAACAGAAAAUGUUACAACGAGUUGAAAAACUAUUUUCGGAUAGCCAAACCCACCUGGAACACCACCGUGAACAAUGCUCUGAAUUUCGCCGUGCGUUGGAUGACAGCAAAGAACAACUUAGAAAGAAACAGGAAUUAGCCAGACAAACUGACCUCCAGUCCUUCACACAACUAACCAUUGAUACAUUCAAGAAAGCCGUGCUGCCGGAGAUGCCUUGUCACAGCUUCAGCUUCUCAUUGAUUGCCAAGGGAACCGUCGACGAUAUAUUUGGAAGCCUCACAAACGAAAUUGUCGAACCCCAAACACCAGUACGGGACAUGAAGGGAAAUCUCUGUAGCGUAGAGAUUUUAGGGAUUGUACAUACUCAAAACGCUCGAGGUAUUGGGAAAAUAUGUCCUGUGUCAAACCAAAUGGCUUGGAUUGCACACUCGAACAAAACUAGCGUAGAGAAAAUAGACAAAACAGGAAAAACGGUCAGGGUGUUAAAAACUCCAUUUCCGGUGCAAGAUAUUGCUGUUAAUAGCGACAAGGAUAUGGUUUUGACAGCAAAAUCUACAGUCUGGAGUAAAGAUCUCCUGAAUGAUACGUCAGAUUUCAGAGACAUCAAGAACUUUGCGCCUUUCAGCGUGAAGGGCGUUGCCCUGGUGACUGGACAGGACAUUUUGGUUUGUGCCCAGUUAAAAGAUGACCCUGGAAAAGUUGUGAGGUUGUCAUGGAAAGGGGAAAUACUUAUGGAGAUACUUGACGUCACAGAAGAUCCGGUGUUAUGCGAUCCCUAUAGGAUUGCCCAUAACAUUUUCAAUGACGACAUCGCUAUCGCUUGCAGAGAUAAUGUUCUCGUUUACACAAAAAUAGGAGAACUAAAAUCAAAAUGGACUGGGCUUCGUUCAGAUUUUAACCCUCAUGGCAUCACAUAUGACAAUCACGGACACCUCUUAGCUUCUUGCUAUAAACACAACCUCGUGUACCUGCUGGGAGAGGACGGACAGGAUGGACACAUUCUACUUGAUGGACAGAAACACACCAUGGUAACCAAUCCUUGGGCUGUGGCUGUGGACGUGUCAGGGAAACUUUGGCUGACUGGAAACCAACGUGUCAUCUAUAUCAUCAAAUAUUACCAAUAG